AUGAAUUCAAAUGGUUCUUCAAAAGUAUUAACUUUUUCAAUAAGUAAUCAUCAUUAUAAUAAUAUGAAUAAAAUAGUAACCACUGCCGACGAUGAUGAUACUGAUUGUGUUAAAGUCGAGAUCUCUGAUCUUGACAAUAGUUGUCCACAUCAAACAACAGUUAGUUUAAUGAGAUGUAAAAAACAAAUCUUACAUCCAUUUCGUAAUCUAUUAUGUUUAAUCGGUUGGAGACCAUUCGGUGUUGAUAGUUUAAAACGUUCAUCAAUUUUGAUGCGUAUUUUUAAUAUUAUUUAUCCACUUUUCAUUUUAAUCUUAUUGUUAUUUAAUUAUACAUAUGAAAUUAUUGUCUGUCAAGGAAAACUCAACGUAGUUACUGAUACCAAAACUACAACCACGACAACUAGUACUACGACAAUAUCAAUAAAAGAAAAUUUUACUAUGUUAAAUUGGAGUUCAUUAGUACCUCCAAAACCUAUACAUUUAGUUAAUACGAGUAAUAUAGUUUCUCCAGUAUGUGGUCAUAUAUUUACGACUUAUAUUCUACCUGAUAUCUUACAUUUUGCUGCAUUUAUUAUUGGUUUUAUGUAUUUUCGUAUUACAGAAGGUGAACAAAUGUAUUCUCUUAUGGAAAAAGUUUUUAUUCGUGCUGAUCAAAAUAUGCGACAAUUUAGUCCAAAUCGAGUUAUUCGACGAUUGAAAAUAAUUUUAUUAAUUGGAGGUAUUUGGGUACUUGCAUCAGUAGCUACACAUGCACUAUCGAAUGCCAUGAAUGAUUUUGCUCAUCCAUUAAUUUUUGAUAAAAAAACUCAACAACAAAGAACUUCCCUAAAAUACAUUUUAUUUACUCUUGAUAUUAUGUGUUUACUUGUUUCAAAUUGUAUUCAUUUGGCUAUUGUUAUGAAUUUUGUAUCUCAUUGUGAAAUGGUUGUCUUCUAUUGUAAAGCAAUUCGAACACGAUUAGAAGAAAAAUCUAUACAUCUUUUAGAAGCUAUGAAACAAAUUCUUGAUCUUGGCUCAUCAAUUAGUCAAUUGAAUGGUGCAGGUUCUCGAAUGAUGUCAGUAUUAAUUGUUUAUUUUCUCGAACGUACAAUAUUAGGUAUUAUCUUACUCAUGCUCAAUGAAAUCAAUGAACCAUUAAUGUAUGUUUAUCGAGCGUUAUAUCCAGUAGUUUGGUUGUCAAUUCUGAUGUUUUGUCUUACACAAGCAGCAAGAGUAACAGCUAAAUGUGAUAAAUUUCAUCGUAUUAGUCUUUCAAUGCGUGUCUAUGGUUAUCAUACAGCAAGUACAAAUGAUCUUGAUGGUUUUCUACUUUUUCUUGCACAAGCUGAAUUACGUGCAAAAUUAUUUGGAUUAACUGUUCGACCGGGUAAAAUUAUUUCCAUGGUUGUCAUAAGUAUUGUUAUAGCUGUUGUUCUUCUUCAAACCAAUGUUAUUAACAGUACAACAUUUUUUCUUCAAUAA